AUGUCAUUGUUUAUCAAAAUGUUCUCACUUAUGUUGGCGUCGGUUAUUACCAUUAUCCGUGUGUUUGGUGCUCCAAAUUCGGAACCCAGCCAAGUGAUUUAUGAACUUAAUCAGGCUCUUCGAACAAAACUCAAUGUGUUUAUUGAUUUUGAGGAUUUUGGCAGUUUUGACCAUGUGGACAUACCCAGAAUUCAACUUACUUCAAAAAUUGAAGCUAGUGAGAAUCUUCGAAUACGUGGACAUUUUACGGAACGAGCUCUAAUCAUAGUAGAUCUAAAGGACUCUGGACUGGACCCCAAAGUGGCCAACUUCUUGCCCAAUUUGUUGGACGGACUUCAUGAGCUGCAUAUAGUAUUUAUGAGCAAAGGGGAACCAUUGUUUCUAAAAGAGGACUUCUACAGCUACUGCUUUAAAAAGGGUUUCGUUAAUGUGAUUUUGAUUUACGGCCAGGACUUCAACAGCUACCUACCAUAUCCAUCCAUCCAACCUAUUAAGCUCUCAAAUAUCUCCGAGUAUCUCAAUACAAGAGGGAUUAUUCGCAAUUUUCGGGGCUUUCCCAUUCGCACUCUUCGAUCCAAAAUAGCGCCUCGCGAUUUCGAGUACCACAACGAUCAAGGUGAUCUUGUUCGGGCAGGAUAUUUGUUCACGGCUGUCAAGGAGUUUACGUAUCGCUACAAUGCCACUCUUGAGAGUGUACCCUUGCCCGAUGUACCUGAACACGAAGCAUAUGAAGCCAUCGUGGAGAUGCUGAUGACGAAAGAUAUCGAUGUUGUUUGCUAUUUUACACCAUUGGAAAUCUGGUUCAAGGUGCCACACACAGCACCUCUUUCGAUCCUUACCGAGUACUUCAUAGUCCCACAUGCCCGACCAAUUUCUAGCUAUCUGUACUUCUCCCGACCCUUCACUUGGACUCUGUGGUUGGUCGUGGCUUUGACCGUCUUUUAUGGCUCCCUAAUGCUGUAUCUGACCUCGGGAAGGGCACGAAUCGAGAUCGGGAAGUGCCUACUGUAUAGCCUCAGCCACAUCUUGUAUAACUGCCACCAAACAAUCAGGGUGACGGGUUGGAGAGAUGUACUCAUUCAUGUUGUUCUAACAAUCAGUGGUUUUGUACUCACCAACGUCUAUCUGGCCACGCUGUCCAGCAUCCUGACAUCGGGAUUGUACGAAGAGGAGUACCAUACUCUGGCGGAUCUGGCCAAUGCUCCGUACCCCAGUCUGCAGGACGAUUUCUACAGGAUCCAAAUGCUGGCGAAAACCUUUCUUCCCGAAGCUCUUCGACGGAACAGCUUGACCCUCAAUGCCACCUUUCUGACAGCAAAUCGAGAUGGCCUCAACAAGAACUAUAUGUAUGUGUUGUACGAGGAUCGCCUGGAGCUGAUCCUGAUGCAGCAGUAUCUGCUGAAGACGCCGCGCUUUUACAUCAUUCGUCAGAGUGUGGGCCAUGCCCUCGAAUCCUAUUGCGUGGCCAAGAGUUUACCAUAUCUGCAAAUGACCAGCGACUUCAUGAGGCGUCUGCAGGAGCACGGUAUUAACAUCAAAAUGAAGGCGGACUCCUUUCGUGAGCUGCUUCAAUUGAGAGUGUAUACCCUGAUGCGGGAUAAUGAACCGCCGGCGAAGGCAUUCGACCUCCAGUAUUACUUCUUUGCCUUUGGAUUGUGGGCUGUGGGCAUUACGGUCUCUCUUGUGGUCUUCUUCCUGGAGGUAGCCAAUAGCCGAUAUUGUAGUAAGAGGCAUUAA